UCUCCGUACGGUGGAAGAUGGAAAAUGCUUUGGGUGAAGAAAUUAAGGUUAUCAAUGACACAAUGGGACUUGAAGAGCACGUUAUAUAUGCACUCGUCAAGGGACAUGGAUUCCAUAUUUGUUGUAACUCUUGUUCACAAGGCAAUUGGAGACAAGCUUUGUUGUGUUUUUGUUGCUAAUGAAUUGUUGAGGUAA